AUGUCCAGAGGCUAUGAGUUAGUUCUUCUCGGCGCAACGGGUCAUACCGGUAAGCUGGCUGCUGAGCAUCUUACCAAGCACGCACCUACCAACCUUCGUUGGGCAUUGGCUGGACGCUCGGAGUCAAAGUUAAACAGUCUAGCUUCGGAUCUCCGGGCGCUGCAUCCUGAUCGUAUACAACCCGUUGUUGAACUAUUUGAACUGGAGGGACAAAGUCUCACAUCUCUCAUCAAGAGAACUCAAGUGAUUGUCUCGACUGUUGGGCCAUUUAUGAAAUAUGGCACACCUGUUAUUGAAGCGUGUGCAAGAAACGUAACUCACUAUGUGGACUGCUCUGCAGAAAUCCCAUGGCACAAGGAGAUGAUUGAGCGGUUCGAUACGAUAGCGAAGGCAUCUGGUGCGAUUAUUAUUCCCCAGACAGGCAGUGGCAGCGCUCCACCAGAUCUCACCACUUACCUUCUAGCCGCUCACAUCCGCAACACCUAUUCUUCAGGAACUCUCCAGGUAACGAGCAGCUCUGAGCUCAAGGUACAGCCAAGCGCCGGCUCUAUGGACGCCGUUCUGUCAGAGUUUGACAUCUACGGUAGCUCCCAAAUGGCGAAGUGCCGUGAACCUUUUGCACUUUCGCCCGUUCAGCAUAGGCCGCUUGUUCGACCUCCCCAUCUGAGCAGCUGGACAAGACUCAUAGGUGUUGGCAACGAUGAGUACCUAGGGCCCUUGACAGAUUUUGAACAGUCUGCAAUUGACAAACCAUUGGUGGAAAGAAGCUGGGGUUUGCUUGACGACGGAGGGUUGUACGGUCCAAAUUUCCAAUAUGAUGAGCUAAAGCCCGCACGUAGCAUCUGGGCUGUAAAGCAGGAAUUCUACCACAACACGGCUGUCGCUAUUGCCGAUACGCCUAAUCGCGAACGAGCCAUUGCAAAAUCCGGUUUCGAUGGUAGCAUCUAUCUUUUCACCGGCAUCUGUAUCACAGAAGCUGCAUUGACUCUUCUGCGAGGUGAGGAGACAUAUGCUAUUAAGAUGGGUGGAGGCUUCUUGACAUCAGCAACUUUGGGCCAUGCAUACAUUGGCAGACUUCGAAAUGUGGGUGUUAGAUUUGAAAUUGUCGAUGACGUUUCUUAG